UUUCAGAUAAUUGUCAAUUACAGUGAAAGAUUGUAAAAAUUAUAAUACCAAUAAUGAUUAACUGUGAAGGAAAGUGAACAAAAUACUAAAUAGCUUUACAAUAGCUUGGUGAGAUGGAACUUUUCUUAUAACCGACAGCUUUUAGCUAUUGUAGUUUAUAUAUAUAUAUUGCUCUGAAUGGAUCGGUUGAACAAGAAGAACUGGUUUUCUUUGAAUUUGAACCUCUCAGUAGGAAUGGUUCUUGCAGAUCUUUUCCUAGACCCUCAAAUUCUAAUCCUACCGGUUCUAAUCCUACUGGUUCUAAUCCUCCCAGUUCUAAUCCUUCUGGUUCUAAUCCUGUUGUGUUUAAUCCUCUUGGUUCUAAUCCUCCUGGAGGUUCUCAGCAUAGGGUUCAGCUGGAGAACCAAUUUCCAGGUUCAGGGUUCAACACACCCAACAAUCAGGGUAGGACGGAUAGCAGGUUGAAUAAGGAACCAAGAUCCUUCAAGUCAGGACAAACAGGAGAUUCAAGACACCUCUUUGAUCCUGGUUCAGAUCUGGAGAGAAGAGAUGAUUUACAGGAUAAAAACGGAGCACAAACAGAGCACAUAAAUAGAUCUUUAAGCUCUACUCCUGGAUUAAGACAAGCUGGACUCUAUGCAGAAACUCCUAAUAUAGUGCGAGGAGGAGUUUUCAAAUCAUCUUUGAAGAAGAAGGAACAGAAUUUUACCAACCAAUCAAACAACAGGUUGGAAGCGGCAGAAGAAUGCUUUGACGUAAUUUGUAAAGAUACGCAGUGCAGUUUAAAAUGCAGUUUACAGUGCAACCUCCCCUGCACUUUACCCUGCACUUCACAACACAAGCCGGAAACUGGUUACUGUGAGUAUUCGGAAAACGAAAAGGAAUUUGCCAAAGUUGUUUCUGACUCUUCGAACCAACAGAGUUUAGACUCUAUUCAUCAGCACACGGAGGAAUGUGAGCUUGCCAAACAUUUUCGUGGAUUCGAACCCAGGGGUCCCAUCAGCCAACCAGAAGAAUCUAAAUCUGAAAUUGACAAAAUAACAAGAUAUUUUGAGAUCUUGGAGUUUUUAGAGAAGGAUUUGAAAACAGGAAAAUUCGGUGAGAUCAAUUCUCUUCCACGGAACUUGAACCGUAAACCUGUCUCCGGGUGUAGGUCUGAUCAGAGGUUAGGUUCAAGGGAUAUAUCCUCCUCACAGAACCUUGAUACAGGAUUGACGUGUUCUAAAGAUGGCGCGCUAAGGAAGGAAUUUGGAGACAAGGAAAAUUUAUUAGGUAGCCAAAUUUUAUUAAUACGGACUGUAUUUAUAGAUCCCCCAGUAAUAUUUCCUGGUCUAAUCCUGUUAUAUCAUCCAAUAAUACCAGGACAUCAAGCAGGGCACAUUUAA